GAUUUCUUAUCCUCGAGUGUUCCAAUUUAUGUCGGUAAAUUGGAAAACUACGGAACGACGUCCGUUUCAUAGUGGAUAUUGAGUAUUCCGAACGAUGAAUUUCUUUCUGGAAUUGCCGCAUGCGGUAUUAGGAGCGUACAACUGAGAGUAUACAUGGAAUCAAAAUGGCACGCAGACGUAAAACCGAAGUGAAAGGAUCUGAAAAGUCAUCCCACAAGUAUGUACCUGUGCGUAAAUCUAGCCGACAAAUAGCUAAGAAGCAGUUGGAAGAGAAGAGGAUUAAUGGCGACAUCUCGCAAACAUCUUGCUCAAACAGUAUUGAAGAUCCCAGGUCCACCAAUGAUGAUCAUAGCCAAGUUCUUUCAAAGAAGAAUCAAAAUUCUCAGAAGAAGCAUAGCAGGCAUAAGAAUACUUCUAGCAACAGCAUAAUUAUCAAUAAUGAGAAUGCUGUACACUCCUCAAGGAAUAUUCCUCUGUACAAGCGGGAUGCGGAUGAAAGCGACAGUCAAGACAACAUCGAUAGUGCAAUUAAUGAAUCGAAGAAGCUUAGUCCAGAGGAUGUGCAGCAGGUCGUCGUUGGUAACCCGAAUCCAAAUAACGAAUCUUUACAUACAUCCGCGGCGAUGUCCACCGAGAUGGAAGUGUGGUCGGAGGAUGUGAUAGAGGAAACGAUUAUUUGUGAGGAAAUGGAAGUGGAGGAAGAGGUUGCAAGCAAUAGUUACGCACAGGAUGGUGUUAUGGUUGAGCAAGUACUGCUCGUGAACGAAUCUAAUCUAGCAGGCAAGGAUUUUGUGGAAUUUACUGUGAUACAAAAUGAGGAUGGUACUGAAUCCAUGGUAAUGGCACCUAACUCGGAAAACGCUUCGAACAAUGAGUAUGUUAUUCGUAAAAGUGUCAAUAGUGUACCUAUGAGUGAAUCAGAAAAUUCCAUAUCAGUUACGCGUACGGAUGAAUUAGCAAAUUGGAACAGUGGAAGUAGUAAUACUCCGGAUUCCACUGCGGAUGCACCUUAUAUCAGCAAAAAGAAAAUAGUACUAGAGAAUCGAAAUGGUAGAAAGCAAAAGAGCGGUAAACCUGUUUAUGAAAAACUGAAAACAGAAAUUUCAGAGUCAAUACCCGAUAAGAUUCGUAUGUGUUCUGUUAAGGAUGAUUCCGGCUCUUCUAACGAAGAGACCAAUUGCAAACAGGAAGGCAAGGACUUGGAAACAGAAAGUAUGCAUGUAGCAUCAUUUAAAGAAGAUUCAUUUAGCAAAAUAGAUAAUAAACUAGCAAAUAUGCAUAUAAGCGAGUGUUCAAAGGAGGUACAAAAGUUGGUGCACGAUCUCUCUAGUGUGGAAAGUAUCGACUCUCCGCUACAAACUCCUUUGAACGUGGAAAAAUUGUCGCCGGUAAAUAUCGAUGAUGAGAGCAGUUCGUCGAUAUUAGAUAAAAUGGAGCAGUUGCAUCGUCCAAACAAUUCCGUUAGUUCUCACGUCAUAGACAUCUUUUCAAAAACUGUGGAACCCAAUAAUCUUAUAAAAAAUCAACAAGAUAUUUUGAAUUCUAAUUCUUGCAACGAUAAACUACAAUGUACAGAUGACGUUUCAGUAAAAUCGAGAAUUAUGCAGGACAGAAAGAGUAGUCAACAAAAACACGAGCACUUGGCAACUAUUGACGAAUAUCAGGACAGCGAAGGCGAUAACAACAAAGUUGAUGCUGAAGAUAUCAAGUUAUGCAGCAGCAGUGAGAAUAGUAACGACACAUUAUUAUCACUUACCAGUUACAAAGGACGAGAGAUGGAUGUAAAAAACGCGGCCAGCAAUAUCGGUGACAUUGACAAAAAGGUUGAAUUUAGAGGCCGUAGUGGAAGCACCGAUACAACAGGCUCUGAAAGUGGUUCAAAUAGUUCAGGCGUAAGACGAAGUAGUAGAAUUCGGUCUAUCGGAUUGAUGAAACAAAGAUCUCGCGGACGCGGCUUGGUUACCAAGCCUAAUAUGGACGUUUCAAAGGCAACUUUGCAACAAGAAAAGGAAAAAGUAGUUAAUAAUAUAAAUCCUUCGAUCACUCAGGAAGUAAAAGUAGAUAAUUCUGAGGUACAAUGUGAUAAGGAAAAUAAUUCUAGCAAGAUAUCAACGUCACUUGAUACUUUAGCACCUCUAAGUACUACUUGUAACGUCACGGGAUACGAUUCUGAUUCGUCAAAGCCAGUUAAGGUAAAAUCUCGUUGGCGAAGAUCAAGUGAACUUGAAAUGGGUGGAUCGAACGCAGGAUUCGCUUCUAUUGCUGCUCCAAUGCCAAUGCUUGGAUCAUCUGUUACAUUUCCAUCCGAUCCAGCACGUUGUACAGUUAUUAAUACAGGAGAAUCUGUGUCAUCGGAAUCGAAACAUAACAUUACAAGCAUAAGUACGAAGGCUUGUAUAGAAACGGAGCCAAUUAAAGAUGCAUCAGUGACGUCUAAUAGCCUUCCUAUGGUUUCAACAGUAGCACAAAUUCCUAAAACUAUAGGAGUGAAGAUUUCUUUGCCAAUGGUCCUUGAAACAGAGGAUAGAGAAAUGGAGGAAAGACUGAGCCAGUUUGAACAUUUACGUGAAAAUUUAUAUCUCACUGAAAGAUAUACGAACAAGGAAACUAAACGAAUGGUAUGUGAUUGUUUCUUAACUGAAGAAGAAAUUGAGAGAGGAGAACUUGGUUGUGGGGAAGAUUGCCUUAAUAGACUUCUCAUGAUAGAAUGUGGACCUAGAUGCGUAGUAGGUGAUAGAUGUACAAAUAGAAGAUUUCAAAAUUGUGAAUAUGCCAAAUGUGAAGUGUUCCGAACAGAGAAGAAGGGUUUUGGAUUACGCGCCGUUGUCGACAUAACGGCGGGCGAGUUCAUAAUGGAGUAUGUAGGUGAAGUCGUAGAUCCGAAAGAUUUUAGACGUCGAGCGAAGGAAUAUUGCAAGGAUAAAAACAGGCAUUAUUAUUUUAUGGCGCUAAAAUCUGAUCAAAUAAUAGAUGCUACUAUGAAAGGAAACGUAUCACGGUUUAUCAAUCACAGCUGCGAUCCAAAUGCAGAAACACAAAAAUGGACAGUGAACGGAGAAUUACGAAUAGGUUUUUUUAAUAAGAAAUUUAUACCGGCCGGUGAAGAAAUUACAUUUGAUUAUCAUUUUCAACGUUAUGGCAAAGAAGCUCAGAAGUGUUAUUGCGAAGCACCAAACUGUCGAGGCUGGAUAGGUGAAACACCGGAAGAAGAGAAGGAGAAGAUUGAAAAGGAAGAGAUACAAGAAAAAGAUACGAAGAAGAAGAAAGAAGAAAAGAAGCCUGCUGAUUACAUGGAAGACGAGGACUUGGAGGAAGAAAUAGACAAAUUAUGCUCAACUGGCUUGAAAAACCGUGCGCACACAUUAACGUUAAGCAGAUUAAUGGUCCGUAGCAGGGAAUUAGAACACAGAACGCGUUUGCUACGUUUCAUACAAAGUGGUGAACAACCGUGCCGAAGAUUAUUCUUGGAUUAUCACGGAUUACGUUUGAUAUGGAGCUACGACAUGGAUAUCGCUACAAACGAAUCGGAGGAAGCUCAACAGUUUCGUUUAGAAGUGCUAAAAACUCUAAAUACACUGCCAAUACCAAACAAAACAAUGUUAAUGGAUAGCAAAAUCUACGGUGUGGUUGAGAGAUGGGCAAAAAGAUUAUAUCUAUCUCCAAACGCUGACUCCCCGGAGGAUGACCAGGUUAAAUCCAAGACGAUUUGCGACGACUUGAACAGUACUUCUGAUAACACCGAAAAGAAAAGCCCUGAAAGUCUGAAUGACAUUCCAGAUAAACGUAAUAAUAAUAUCGAAAGUUUGGCAGUUAAUGAGGUGAAAUCAGAAAAUACAGAUCAGAUACAGAACCUUAUAUCUGAUCUGGCUUCUAGUCUUCUUGCUGAAUGGUCUAAUCUAAAAGAAGUUUUUAGAAUACCAAAAAAAGAAAGGAUCGAGCAAAUGAAGGAGCAUGAAAGAGAAGCAGAUCGAGGAUACAGAGAAGAAUUGGACAAAGAAGAACAAAGAGGCACAUCGUACGAUAGACAUAGAUCUGACAGAUACAGUCGAAGCGAAGUGGACAAACGCGGUGACAGGAGACGAGGACGAGAAUCUCCUGAAACCGAGCACGGUAGAACGAAAGAGAAGCGGGUCGAAGAACGUAGUCUAGUUCCUAUACCACGAAUGACAAAGUACGAACGUAGGCAAUUAUUCGCGUUGAAAGUUGCGAAGGAAGAGGAGGAGAGGCAACGUCGACAGCAGCAAGAAUCAUGGCAGGAACACGAAAACAGAUGUUUGGCACUGGGUAUAGAUCCGCAUACCAGCGCCAUGGUUGAUCCUCAAACUGGUUAUCCCGUUUUUUAUAAUCCGACAUUGGGCCAGUGGCAGCAUUACUCCACUCAAGAUGGGGGAGAUGUAACGCAACAAUGUACCCCUGUAUACGUAGGCGGUCCUCAGUCUACCGGUAUGAUAGGCCAAAAUUCUCACGUGCUACCGUCAGCGAUGACGACUGAUAUAUCAUCCGGAAUCACGACCGGCAUACCACCCGGUGUGCCGUCAGUGGCUUAUACGUUAAGUCAAACGCCUGUGUUCAGCCAGACAACACCCUCCUACUCCCUGAUAUCACAUCCGCAACCGUAUACUGAAGGGCAACUACCUCUUCCAAAUAGUUUAGUGUCUGCUCACUGCGGCACCCCGCCAGUAUCAAUUCAGCCACCCCUUUAUAACGUUGAAAAACCCGUAGAUCAACAAUUCUCUAAUCUCACGCUCGCGGAAAGUGUUACGGGUCGGCCGCCCCAACCGGAAGUUCCGCCGAUAGAUUUGCCACCGAAAUGGAAGAGUGCAACGGACAGCAGAGGUAGAAUCUACUACUACCACGUGAAGGAGAGGAUAUCGCAAUGGCUGCCGCCACCACCCGAUCAUAUUGGAAUACAGCCAGACUCGUCGUCCACUUCGGAAUCUAGCGAAGAAUCUAGCUCGUCGAACGAGGAUGAGGAGGAUGCCGACGAUGAUCACGAGGAUCAAAAGAAUGACGACGCAGAGGCAAGUAGCGGCGCGAUGGAAAGUCCUUCGAGCAUACCUAGACCAACCGUGUCUAAGAAAUUAACUAGUCACACCGUGACUGGAAAUUUACUGCCGUUUUCUGAGUCUAAGAAAAGAAGAGAUGGAUUAGUUCAAGAAAGAAUUAUUAGUCCACGUAGGGAAGAUGAUCGUGUUGAUCACAAAGCGUAUAAAGAGAUCAAGGAGAAACUGCGACGGCAAAAGGAAAGAGCAAAACUAAAGGAUCAUGCGGAGAAGCUGCGAAAACACAGACGAAGUAAUAAAUCAAAGUCACACUCGCGGCAUGGAUUGGGCAAGGUGCAACCAACGUCAUCAGCUGAGGUGUCUCCCAUGUCUGAGAGGAAGAUCAAAGAUACGUUUCGAAUAAACAUGGCUAACGUGAUGGUUCACUUCCUCAAUCCGUACAGGAAAAAUGACUGCAAGCAAGGCAGAAUAACUAAUACCGAGGAUUUCAAGCACUUGGCGAGGAAGCUGACGCAUUUUGUACUUGCGAAGGAAUUAAAACAUUGCAAAAGUGUGGAUGAAUUACAAUGUAACGAGAAUGUUAAGCAUAAAGCGAAAGACUUCGUGCGUAAAUACAUGAGCAAGUUCGGGGCAGUGUAUCAGAAAGGCACAGACGAGGAUUAGCUGUAUACUUUAAUAAAAUAAAAAUUGUUAUUUAUUGCGCGCGCUCUUUACUUUGAUUAUUAUUGUGAGAUAUAUUUUAGAUGUUAGAUGAUGUAUGUAGAUAUAUUUGUAAUUCUAUUAUUGUAAAAUAGACAAGUUUGUAUAUGCGUGAUAAACUUUUUUCAUGAUUUAUCAGUUAAUAAAUUAGCAAAUUUUAUAAUUUCCCAUACUUUAUGUGUAUGUAAAUUCAAAUCAUCAUUUACAUGCCGUUCUAUGCAUGAAUUUUUAUAAGUAACUUAUAUGCCAAUACAGUGUGUGUGUGUGUAUGUGUUUUGUGCGUAUGUAUGUGUGCGCGUGCGUGCAUGCGUUGCGUGUAAAAUGCAUACUCUGCAUCAUUAUAUAAGCUACCAUUUGUCACACCCACCUUUUAAUAUCAAUUUAAAAAUGAACAAUUACCAUUUACUCGUGUAAUGUUACAAGAUAAUUUUUGUAAAUAAUGACCUGCUUCAUUGGAUUGCGUUGUUAUAUGUGUUCCUCAAAUUGACAUAGCAUCAUUUUGUCAACAUUUUGUCUACAUUGUACAAAAAUUGAUUCUGUGAUGCGCCAAGAUACACAAUACACGAUUUUCGAAACGGAGAAGCAAUGUAAGGUAUUAAAUAAAAAGAACUCUAUUGUACGU